AUGUUCAGACUUUAUUACAUUUUUGGUUUGAUUUGUAAUGUUUCUUUGACAUUUCCAAUUUUUUUUUCUUUCUUUCUCUCCAAUUUUCAUGACAUUCUCUUUCCCUCUACUUUUCAUCAAAUAUGUCUUUCUUCCUCAGUCUCUUUCCCAUUCUUUAUUAUUCCCUCUUUUCUCACUCUUUCUGAUUCUUCUUCUAAUAGAUCUCUCUUCCCCACUCCCUCAAUCUGUAUUUAUCUUUCUAUUUCAACCUUUUUUCUCCUUAUUUUUCUCUCUCUUUUUUCUUCUUAUUUUUUCUGUCUCUCUCUUUUCUUUUCUUCUCAUUUUUUCUCUCUCUUCCUUUUCUUUUCUCCUUAUUUUUCUCUCUCCUCUUUUCCUUUUCUUUUUCUUUUUUCUCUUUCUUUCUUUUCUUCUCAUUUUUUCUCUCUCUCUUUCUUUCCUUCUUAUUUUUCUCUCUCUUUUCUUUUCUUCUUAUUUUUCUCUCUCUUUCUCGGGUUUCUUUUUAUAUUUUUAUCUCUCUAUUAUUUCUCUUUCUCUCUUUUACUUUCUAUCUAUCUAUCUAUCUAUCUAUCUAUCUAUCUAUCUAUCUAUCUAUCUAUCUAUCUCUCUCUCUAUAUAUAUAUAUAUAUAUAUUAUAAACUAACUGAUUUAAAAUAUGUUUUUUUUGCUACACAACAUUUCAUUAUCUCUUCUUUUUUUCUGGGCCUUUUUAAUGUUUUUUUUUUCAUCUCUUUUUCGACAUAUUCAUAUUUCUCUCUUUCGUUCUUUUUCUUAUUUCUCUCUUUCUUUCUUUUUCUUAUUUCUCUCUCUUUCGUUCUUUUUCUUAUUUCUUUCUCUCUUUCUUUCUUUUUCUUAUUUCUCUCUUUCUUUCUUUUUCUUAUUUCUUUCUCUCUUUCUUUCUUUUUCUUAUUUCUCUCUUUCUUUCUUUUUCUUAUUUCUCUCUUUCUUUCUUUCCUUUUCUUAUUUCUUGCUCUCUCUCUCUUUUCCUUUCCUUUUAUUUCUCUCUCUAUUUAUUCUUUUCUUAUUUCUCCUUUUCUUUUUGUUUCCUUUUCUUAUUUCUCUCUUUCUCUCUUUCUUAUUCUUUCAUUCUUUCUUAUUUUCACUCUUUCUCUUUCUGUCCUUUUAUUAUUUUUCUCUCUCUUAGUUUCUCUCUUCUUCUUAUUUCUUUCUCUAUUUUUUUCCUUUUCUUAUUUCUCUCUUUUUCUCUUUCUUAUUCUUUCUUAUUUUCACUCUUGUAUUGAUCUGGCUCUCUUCUUCUUUUUCUUCUUCUUCUUACUUUUCCUCCUAAUAUUUUAUCAAACAAGCUUUAAGCACUGCUUUGGACUUCCCAUAUUUUCCCAGCACAACCUGCGGAAGUUUAAAUUGUCAAAUUAA